UGCAGCAAAUCGAUACUUAUGGUCACGGGACAAAUGGUGACGAAGAGUGGCGCGAGUGUUUCAGAAGUCCGUUUCUUUACGUGCUGGGUGCGGAUGUCUGUAUUGUGGAUUGUGCGUGGGGUUGUUCCGAAGUAGUUCUGUGGUCAUAGUAUUUGCUUACUCCAGUAAUCUUUGAAAGGCUUGAUAACGUGCCAAAAAAACGCCGCUCGUAUAUAUUAAUUGCAGCAAGAAGUGAAACAUGAUGAGUCUAAUGAAGAUAAUGUUCGCGCUGGCUAUGGCCAGCUUGUCUAUGGCUGAGAGAAACGCCCCAGCUCUGGUGUGGGAAUCGACAAUGCUUGAAACAAAAAUGCCAGAAUUGCCAGCACUUCCAGCACUGUCCAACUCCCAGCUUCAAAACCUUCUAGAUUCAAUGGAUGCUGAGGCCUUGGUGAUGUUUGUCAUGAAUGAGCUCAAUGUAGAAGACUUCAGUGGAUAUCCAGAAGCUCUCUCUCAUUUGCAGCAAGAAUUUGAAUCAUCUCAAAGUGCCUUCACUCCAAGCAUGGCUGAUCCAUCUCAGGUGCCAGCACUCCUGUCUACCUACGCUCGUGUCACUGUCGACCUGAACAACCUGUCGGCAUUGAAACUGGCGCCUGCCGCACGCAAGACCCUCUUCCUGGUGUAUCUGAAUGACAAGCCAGGUGCUGAUCGUGCCACGGCACUCCGCCAGGCAGACGCCACUGUCUCGCAGGUGCUGACCAAGGUGAAGAGCCUGACUGGCAAGUACUCGGCCGUGCUCACUGGCAAGCACACCACCAUGGGCGGCGAGACCGGGGGCCGGGCCACGCGCAGUCUGAAGGCGGCCGCCGCCGACGAGCCGGGCAGGGAGUAUUUCUUCGACAUGAACUGUAUCUACAUCUACACCUCGGCGCCCCCAGUGAUGCACUUCACCCCUAAGGAGGGGGCAGCAAAGCCCAUUACGGUGUCGCUGAACGCCUCCCUGGUGACGUCCAACUCGAGCUCGUGCGACGGCGACGGCGUCCAGACGGCCACCAUCGUCUGGGAGAGCGUAACCGGGAGCAGCGCCGGCGGCAACUACGACCUGUCCAAGGUCACACUGACGUACACGUUCUUGGGCCACAUGUCGAAGCGGGAAGGUGCCGAUGACAAGGUGUCGGCCUGGCUGCUGACGCCGGUGACGCUGCUCUACUCGGGCUCGGUCGGAGGCGUGACGGCCACUGACAUGAACGUGACGCUCGACUUUGCCGAGGUGUACGCACCGAGCGGCUUCUCCUACCACUGCACCAGCCGCAAGUGGGCGGCAGAGAGCAACAGCAGCGACGCCAACAGCCUGAGCUCGCUCGAGUUGCCCGACUUCCAGGUGCAGGCGUUCAUGGUGAACGAGACCAGUUCAUUCGGCCGCGCCUGGGACUGCACGCCGUUCUUCACCAUCCCGAUCUGGUCGGGACUGUUCCUGUCGCUGAUCAUGCUUGUCAUUCUCGUCUGGUCGCUGGCGAUGCUGGCCAGCGUGCCGACCAUGGACCGGUUCGACGACCCGCGCGGGCAGCCGCUGCACGUGCCCACGGCCGAGUAGUAGACACGACCCGCGCGGGCGGCCGCUGCACGUGCCCACGGCCGAGUAGUGGACAUGACCCGCGCGGGCGGCUGCUGCACGUGCCCAUGGCCGAGUAGCGGACACGACCCGCGCGGGCAGCCGUUGCACGUGCCCACGGCCGAGUAGCGGACACGACCUGCGCCGCUCUCCGAACCGGACAUGUCUCCAAUAGUACUCAGUAGAGGGCGCCGACCAUUCCACGUAACCGGGCGCGAUGAUGUGUUGAAUGUGCUAGUUGUGAACACAUGUCCUAUUUGCGUCUGUUAUCGACGGCGUAUGGCCGCUUCUCAUAAUGGGGAUUCGAAUAUGGAUACGUGAAUGCUGCGCUCAGCGAUGUGCUCAUGCAUCGGACGUUGUUGCAGUGUAGUGCUGGAACUGCGUGAUGCUGCUCUGCGAGGUGGAACGCAGUCUGAUUGGCAUGUGUGGAUUUCGUUGGCGCUACAAUCGCUUGGCCGCUAGCGUUAAUGAUUUCGUCAUGUGAAAGACGUCUCAAUAAAGAACCUUCAACACGGUGUU